GAAUGGCCAAAAAAAAAACAAAAUUACUAAGAACCUAUCAUUUUUCAUGGUAUUGGAUAUUGGUGGGAUCCCCUGUUUUUUCUCCCUGGAAAAUUUAUUUCUUGCAAAAGCAAAAAGAAAUCCAUUAUUAAAAGACAAACUAAAUGUUAGAUUUUAGUUAAGAUUAAGGUUUCAAUUUUCAGCAUAGACGUUUGUAUUUGUCAAAAAUAGAAUAUCAACAGAAAUGGUCCGUAGAUCUUUCCCUUUUUUUUCCUUGGCCUUUGGGAAGUUUACGUUUGCAUUGCCAAACCCCAUUUCCAUCCUUGUAAACUUGCAAAUAACACCAAGGUUUGAUCUUUCUUUCCUCUAGUUGUCAUUUUCUUUUUCUCUUAAUCUGAGCUCUGGGUCACAAGCGUCGGACAAAGGGACUUCAAGCAAAAUACAUUCAACUUUUUUAAAAAGAAUUGAAUAUGUUUGUAUCAGAUGCUUCUAUCCAAGUCUGAGUAACAUAGUUUCUUUCUCAUUAUAUUUAAGGCAUGAUAAUUGCCGAUGCAUUAAUCGACAUCCCAGCUAUCCGAAUGAUAGAUAAGCUCAGAAAUGUACCUCCAAGGAGGAAAUCUACUGGGAAGGUGAUCAUGCCAGGUGGUGGAUUAACGGUCCUUUCGCGGUAUCUCCAUGCUUCACAGGGUUCUUGUCAUGAUUUUUGUAAAUAUGGAACAGGUUUGUCUCCUGGACCUGAGUCAAAGAUCCCUAGGAGUCCUCUGCGUAAAGUAAUUGCGCAAGAACGAGCUGCAAUCAGAAAUCUGGAAAGGGUCUCCGAAAGCAAUGCCGGGGAGAGGAGGAAGAAAUCAGAAAUUAGUGUUAAGGUUUCUCUGGAUUCGAAAAUCCAGGAAGCUGAUGAUCCUGUUGUUGUCAAGACUGCACAUACACAAGGAGGACACGAUUUGGAAAACAAUGUAGAAGAUUUAACUGAUACAAAGAACUCCAAAGUUAGUGUCAAGUUUUCCUAUGAUGCCGAGCUUCACAAACCCAAGUAUCCUUCUCAUGAAGAUCCGGUUAACAUUGAAGCUGUGGCAGCAGAAGGUGAAGCAAAAGAGGAAGAAGAAAAUGCUGAAACUAAAUCACUGAGAGGAGAGAAGAAUCGACAAGUUUGUGUGAAGCCUUCUACUGAUUCUGAGAGCCAGAAACCCGAUUGCAUUGAAAGUGAAGUAUCAUCUUGGACCGAUAAAGAAUCCGUCUUACGGGAACAAGAGUUAUUAUCUCUCAAUGAAACUGACUAUGUAGUUGCACAUGUAAAAGAUUCAAAACUGAAGCCUCAAUCAAAGCCAUCCUCUCUUGUAAAGCAGGCAUGUCUGAGUGGCAAACAGAAUUCUGAUGGCCUGAAAAGGAAGGAAGGGAACAUUUUGUCGAUGACUUCGUUAGGUGUUUCCAGUGGAAGAAAUAAAGGUGACACGACAAUAAGAAAAGGAAUAAGGACCUCUGUUACUGGUAAGAAAAAUGUAGUGCUACCAUCUGUUUCUUUGUCUCCUAAAGAAUCUGAUCCCAGAAAUUUGAGCAUGAAUGCCCAAAAAAAGUGGAGAGGUGUUUAUCGUCCAAAGAAGCAGGAAAAUGCAAAGCAAAUUAAACCCGAGAAACUGCAUGGUAAGAAUGCCAAAGUGUCUCAGAACCUAAAGGGAGUUUCUCAUUUGAUGGAUCAAGAAAAUGUUAAUAAACUUAAUUCGGAGCAAGCUAAUCCUCAGACAACUUUGUACCUGAUCAAGUCAAAUCCCAAGAACAAGCCUGCAGAAUCUGAUCAAAAUAAUGUUGUGUUGAUAAGGCCACCUUCGUCGUCUAAGGACAAGAGUAUGAAACACAAUCAAAACAGAAUUUCUAUAGGCCGACCACCUCAUGUGUAUGAGAAGAAGAAGUUGAUAUACAAGCCGAAGGGAAUCCAUUCCAGUGGAUUGCCUCUGUCUUUAUCCUCAUUCCCGGGUAAGAGAAGCUUGAGACCAAUUCCAAAUGCAUUGACAAUCACUCAACCAGCUUUAGCUUCCUUGUCAACAUCAGUAUCAUCCAAGUCUUCCCAUAAUGAUACCUUGACCGAACAUGAUAAAGCAGUUGCAGAAAAUAAAAAAAGUAGCUCAAAAAUGAUAUACGAGGCUAGACCUAAAAGGGCAUUGAUGAUUACUUCAAAUAAUAAGAAUUUGCCUGGCAAAAAGUUAAAUUUCCAGAGAGGAAAGAUGAUCGAACUUCCGGUUGAGGAUUGCACUCCAAGGAGACUUACAUUCAAGAAAAGAGAGCUCGUUGACAACAGAAAUGAUGAUAACUGGAAAGGCAAAGUUGAGGCCUGUACUCCAAGGAGACUCAAGUUCAAGCAAAGGGUAUAUGUUAAUAGCAUAAAUGAUGAAAACCAAAACAGUAGAGUCAAGGAGUUUACCCCGAAGAGACUCAAGUUCAGACGAAGAGAAAUUGUUGACAACCAAAAUGGUAAUAACCAAAACGGUAAAGUCAAGGAGUGUACUCCAAGGAGACUGAAGUUUCGGCGAAGAGUAAUUGUUGACAACCAAAAUGGUGAUAACAAAAACAGUAGAAUCGAGGAACUUACUCCAAGGAUACACGAGUUCAGGCGAAAAUUAAUUGUUGACAACAUAGAUGAUCAUAACCAAAAUGCCAAAGUCGAGGAGUUUAGUCCAAGGAAACUUGAGUCCCGCCAAAGAAAUCUUGACAACAGAAAUUCUGAUGUUCAAAAUAGUAGAGGUGAGGACUCUGCUCCAGCGAAAUUUGAUUCCUGCCGAAGAACUCUUGACAACAGAAAUUCUGAUGAUCAAAAUAGUAGAGGUGAGGACUCUGCUCCAACGGCACUUGAGUCCUGCCAAAGAACUCUUGACAACAGAAAUUCUGAUGAUCAAAAUAGUAGAGGUGAGGACACUGCUCCAACAAAACUUGAGUCCUGCCAAAGAGCUCUUGACAACAGAAAUUCUGAUGAUCAAAAUAGUAGAGGUGAGGACUCUGCUCCAACAAAACUUAAGUCCUGCCAAAGAACUCUUGACAACAGAAAUUCUGAUGAUCAAAAUAGUAGAGUUGAGGACUCUGCUCCAAGGAAACUUAUCUUCAGGCCAAAAGUGCCAGAGGAACAGAAAAUCGAUUACAUCCAAACUUGUAAAGCUGGCACUAGCAAAAAUGACUCUGGACGAAAAGAAGCCAAUGGCCAGUAUAAUGGUACUAAAAUCCAAUCCAGAAAAUUUUCUCUCAUACAAAGAGAUCUUAAAGAGAAGAAAGUUGCAGGAAUUUUGUACAACAAUAUCAUUGAAGAGACUGCAAGCAAGUUUGCAAGGACCAAGGCAAGUAAGGUGAAGGCUUUGGUCAGCGCUUUCGAAACCGUCAUCUCUCUCGAUACCGGCAUCUCCGAAUCUGAAGACGAAAACUGAGCUACGGAAGGUUUGAGUUUCAGAUAUGAUUAAUUUGUCUGGCUUGGGGAUGUUCAGUUUUUUCCAAGUAUUUGGAGGGUAUUUUGAGGUUCAUAUCUACAUCCAUGUGCAUUGGACACUGAUGUUGAAUGUAGGUACUUCAAGCAAAACGAAAGUCGGAGAAACAUAAGCUUGCAUUCUGGAUCUAUGUGCUCAGAUUGUAUUGUUUUGAUAAGAAUUCUGGGAAAUUUUAUGUAUCAUACAAUGAUCAAUUUGUUUGUAAUUAUAAAACAAGUAUUUCACAA